AUGGCGUCUCUCCCAGGCCUGCAGAAGAAGACACUGUUCAAGUCGGGAGCACUGGCCUGCAGAGUCCCUGCUCUGCUCUACCUGCCGCAGCAGAAGACUCUGCUGGCCUUCGCAGAAAGGCGCAAGAGCAAAGAGGAUGAGAACGCAGAUCUGAUUGUCAUGCGCAGGGGCAGCUAUAAUGAGUCCACCCACCAGGUCCAGUGGCAGGCUCAGGAAGUGAUUAACGAUGCCCAGCUGGAGGGCCACCGGUCCAUGAACCCAUGUCCCUUGUAUGAUGAGAGCACGGGGACCCUCUUCCUCUUCUUCAUUGCCAUCCCAAGUAAUGUCUCUGAGCAACACCAACUCCACACCAGGGUCAAUGUGACGCGCCUGUGCCAAGUCACCAGCACUGACCAUGGCAGGUCCUGGAGCCCCACCAAGGACCUCACAGACUCUGCCAUUGGCUCGGCCCACGAGGAAUGGGCCACCUUUGCAGUGGGCCCAGGGCACUGUCUGCAGCUGCACAAUGAGGAACAGAGCCUGGUGGUGCCAGCCUAUGCCUACCGGAAAAUUUGUGACGAUGCGCAGCCCAGCCCCGCCGCUUUCUGCUUCAUCAGCAACGACCACGGGCUCACAUGGGAAAGAGGCAACUUUGUGGCCCCGGAAAUGGUGGAGUGUCAAGUGGCUGAGAUUGGGAGUGCAACACAGAGGAUGGUAUAUAUCAAUGCUAGAAGCCCCCUUGGGUACAGGAUUCAGGCCGAGAGUGUUGACGACGGGCUUAAUUUCAGGGAGGCCCAACUGGUACAGCAGCUUGUGGAGCCUCCCUAUGGCUGCCAUGGGAGUGUGAUCGCCUUCCCCAGCCCCAGCGAGGGAGCAGAACCCUCAGACAAGUGGCUGCUCUACACUCACCCGACUGACUCCCAGCAGAGAAUCAACCUAGGUGCCUACCUCAAUACACGGCCUCCGGCCUCUAACGCCUGGUCCCACCCGGCUCUGCUGGCUGAGGGCAGCUGCGCCUACUCAGACCUUCAGAGCCUGGGUGUCGGCCCCGAUGGCUCACCCCUGUUUGGGUGUCUAUACGAAUAUGAUGACUAUGAGGAGAUCAUCUUCCUCAUGUUCACCCUGAAACAAGCCUUCCCAAAUGAAUUUCCGGCUACCUCCCUGUGA